UCCUUGUGAAGAUAAGAGUCUUGAAUUCUGCAUAUUCAGUACUGCCUUUGUCUAUGCAAAACAUGGCAAAUAAACAAGGGAACGGCACCAAGGUAGCUCCAAAGGGACACUUUGUGGUGUAUGUGGGCGAUGAGCUGGAGAGAUUUGAGGUUCCAUUAUCUCACUUGAAGAAUCCUACUUUCAAGAAACUACUAGAGAGAGCUGCAGAGGAGUUCGGAUUUAAUAACCAUGGUGGUAUUGUCCUUCCUUGUGAUGAAGCAACCUUCCACAUCAUGGUCUCAGAUAUUGCAGAAAAUGAGGGUGCAUAGGAUGCUAUCUCCCCAUGGC